AUGGAAGAGCCCAUUUUACUAAGCUUAAAAGAUAUUUGUUGUACAUGUUUAAGCAUCGAUAGGAAGCUUAAAAAACUAUGCGAAAUUGAGGAUGGAAUUAACAAUUUAUUUUUCUUACUUUCAUGUGAUUCGGAGGCUUAUGAGUUAUUAUGCUACAGAGAAGCGACAGAUCUCUAUAUAUGCUGGGAGUGUACAGCGCUGUUGAACAGAUUGUCAACGUUUCAACAACAAGCGUGCACUGCUCAGAAACAGUUGCAAAACAUGGUCAAUAACAAGGAAUAUAAAUAUAAUCUACACAAGGGAUUAUCAGUUUUAUCACAAUUCCAUCAAAAUACAAACAACUAUGAAUACCUUUUAAUAAGACAAGAUGAGAACCAAUCAGACGACGAAUAUGCAAAUGAAUCAAUUAAAAAUGAUAGCGACGCAGAGUUCUUAUCAAUUCCAGAAAUCGCCAACUCGAGCAACGAUAUCGAGGAAAAAGUAAAAGAAUCCGACAUAAAAAUAGACCAAUCGAUAAUUGUCGAUGAAUCGGAUGCAAAUGUCGAUGAAUCGGAUAUAACGAUAGAUGAAUCGGACAUAAAAGAUGAUGAACCAGACAUGGAAAUUGAUGAAUCAGAUCCAAAAAUAGAUGAAUACGAUCCAAAAACAGAUGAAUCCAAUUCACAACUUGAGAUAACAUGCGAAGAAGGUACACAAAAUAAUUUAUUACGGGAAAAUGUUAAAACGAAAAAGAUUGCGAUAAAGAAAUUAAUUUUGCAAGAAACUAUAAACUAUUCGACAGUUAAAAUGACAGCAUCAGAGAUGAGAGAUAGUUUGAAGCGAAGAAGAGCAGAACAGAGCUUUGUAGAUGCAAUGUACAAAUGUGACUCAUGUGUGGAAGUAUAUAAGGAUCUUAAAAGUAAACAAACACAUAUCAAUAGAGCACAUAAAAAGCUACCAAAUCACGAAAAAUGUAAUAUAUGCAAUACAUACGUCAGAGAUAAGUGGUACGAAGAACACAGGAGCGAUCAUUACUUGAAGUUUCAGUGCCAUUACUGCGACCACGUCUCAUACAACGUUCUAAUUAUAUUGAAGCAUUUGAGAAUUGGCCACGCCGUGAAAUAUAUGCCUGAGGAACUUAGACGGUUGAGGAGAUUGUCAUACUUAAAGAAUCCAGGCCUAAAGCCGUGGUCAGCAGAUGUUACGCCAGACAAGAGGACAACUGUGGGCUAUGUGUGCUCCGUGUGUAGUGAAUUCUUUGAAUCAAAGAAAAAAAGAAACACACAUAUAGAAAAAGUGCACAAAAACCUGAAUCACAAAUGCUCGACCUGCGGUAAAACCUUUGCCGGUAUACAGAAUUUGAGGAAGCACGAGAAACUACACUCGGGCACGCUGCUGCGCCAGCCGUGCCCCGUGUGCGGCAAGGUGGUCCGCUACGACACCAUGAAGACCCACCUGCUGACGCACGGCGAGAGGCCGGCCAUCAAGUGCUACGAGUGCGACAAGACAUUCGCGUCGCAGUCCUCGUAUUACCAUCAUAUGAAACUUACGAAGACACACGCUGGGAACAAUGCGCUUAAAAUAAAAUGUCCGUUGUGCGACCGCGGCUUCAGAACGAAGGCGGACUGUCGCGACCACGUCAACUACAGGCACCGCGGGAAGUCCAAUCACAAGUGCGACAUUUGUAAUAAAAUAAUGUCAACAGGCAGGCUGCUAAGACGUCACAUGAGAGAGACGCACUACGGCCAGAAGAAAGUCAAACCUAGAAAGAUAUACCUCUGUCAGACAUGUGGGAAAGUUUGUCGGGAUGUAACAGCAUUAAGGGAGCACGAGUCCCUUCAUACCGGGGAGAAACUACUUACCUGUAAAUUAUGUGGCAAUAACUUUAGGACUAGUAAGGCUCUUAGUAGACAUAAGAGGGUAGUCCACAAAGUUGUUAAUAGAUUACUACUGUUAAAAUACACAGAAUCAGACAUUGACGAUGUGGAACAAUAA